AUGAAUAUAAAAACAGAGAAUAGUAAAUGCUUCUAUGUGAAGAUAUUCGAACACGGUGAGGUCUUUAAAACAUUGGGAGUAUAUACUGAAGAAUCGGAUUUAUUGAUUGAUACUCGCAACAAGUUAAUAGGUGUUGAUGGAAGAGAAACAAAAUGGGAUUUGGAUUCAAAGCCGUUUCUUGAUUUUAUUCACGAAAGGUACGAAUCACCCGACGUUAUAUAUAGAGAUUGGCUAGUCAUCGAACGCUGUGGACGAUGGGUGCUCGAAGAAACAGACUAUACAGAUGCACAUCAUCCGAGCAAAAUGCUUACUGAGCUCCGUGAAUAUGAUUUACCGCAGAUUGGAAGUUAUGAUCUUCCACACUUGCCUUCGGAUCAUGCAUGGACUCUUCGAUGUGUCAUUGCGGACCUGGCACGAAUGUGGCGCCUUAGCGAAGACAAGUGUGCAUUACUCAAAGAGGAACUAUCUAAAACUAAAAAAGCAUCGAUAGCUUUAAUUAAUUCAAAAAAAGCUAAAAUCAGGCAACUAUCAGCUGCAAUCGAAUCCAAGGGUUACUCGCCCUCGCCGUCCCCCCCCUCUGCAGACUUACCGGAUAGCUCCAUAAUGCACAAAUUCGCAUCGACAGACACGUCCAGCAGUGCACCAAGAAUCGAAGCCUCACCACAUCCCUCUCCCAAACUCCUGAAAUCCAAUUUUGAGACUCCCAGAAUCCCCCAGCCUGACGAUUUCGAAUUCAGAGGAAUUAAUAAAUCAAUCUCCCCAUUAAAAUACCAAUUGGACCUGUCGGCAACCACAACCCCUACUACACACCCUGACCUCGCGUCUCCUCAUGCCCCUACGUCUCCUCCUCCGCCCCAAACCCCAACAAAUAAUACCUCACUUCAACCCGCAGUGUCCAUCCAUCCAAAGAUUAUCCACACCUCAUCAACCACCCACCUCACCAAACCCACAUCCCAUUCUCUCGCGCCGUACCAUCCGCCUGACGCUGUCACAGAUCCUGUGACGGAAUCAGAAACGGCCUCCGACACAGAAACCGAAUGA